CAUUAGACACUCGGCACAAUUUAUUAUUUUGCAAAUAUUAAUGUAUAUUGUCAUAGACAUAUUUAUAUAUCUUUAAUUAAUAUUACACUCAUUACAAACUUUCAAUAUGUUUACGAAUUACAAUAAUAUAAUAUGACAGGAUGCUUGUUUUAUAAUAAUAAUUAAUUAUUAUUCUGAACUCGCGUAUCAGUGACCAUUUCCUGUUCACACAUCUUGCCGGAAGGUGGAUAAGCGCCAAGCGGAAGAUGACACAACUAUGCGAUCAUCAUUGACGGCUACUACUAUGCCACUAUUUGAUCUCAGGAAGUGUUGAAGAAACAUCGAUUUCGAUCAAUAAUUCUGUUCUCCACAGCAACAGUUGUAGCAUACACGUCCAGCAUGUCAAAAGAUAGAGUUUUAGUUUUGGGAGGCUGUGGCUUUAUCGGCCGUCACUUAGUCAAGUAUUUAGUGGAUAAUGAUCUAGCGUCAGCUGUGAGAGUAGUCGACAAAGUUCCACCCCAAAUCGCUUGGCUCAACGAUGACCAUAAGGUGGCAUUUGAAUCACCCAUAGUAGAAUUUAUCAGUGCCAAUUUGAUAAAUCAAAGUUCUUGUGAAAAUGUUUUUGAAGGUUUCUUUGAUUAUGUCAUUAAUUGUGCCGGAGAAACUCGUGUUGAUUUACCAGACGUCAUCUAUGAAGAGGGAGUCUAUAAACUCAGCAUGAAUUGUGCUCGUACUGCUGCUAAGUUUGGAGUAAAUCGUUAUAUUGAAGUGUCAUCAGGUCAGUUAACUGCCAGUCAUAAAGGACCAAUUAAAGAAGAUGACAAAGUAAUACCCCUCACAUCCAUUGCAAAAUACAAAUAUGAAGUAGAAAAACAAUUGAAAACUAUUCCAAAUUUAAAGUAUACAAUUGUCCGGCCAGCUAUUGUGUAUGGCAUAGGUGACAGAACUGGACUCACACCAACUAUUGCGAUUGGCUCUUUGUAUCGAGGUCUGGGAGAGCCUGUUCGAAUACUAUGGAAAGGCAGUACAUCUUGUAAUACAAUACAUGUUGAAGACAUUUGUAGAGCUGUGUGGCAUUUGUCAAAAUCCCCAGAAGCUAUAGGGGAAACUUACAAUUUAGUGGAUAGUGGUCAGACCAAACAAAAUAUGAUUGCUGAAAUUGUAUCCUCAUUAUUUGGAGUUAAACAUGAGUUUCUGGGCUCAGUUCUUUCAUCUUUAUGUAAAAAUGAUUUUGAUGUUAUUGCAUCUGAAGCAAAUGACAAACAUUCAGUACCAUGGGCCGAAGCUUGUUCAAAAUCUGGUGUUCAUAACACUCCUCUGUCACCAUUCAUUCAUAAAGAUCACUUGAAUGGUUAUCGUAUUGAAAUGAAUGGCAGUAAAUUAAUCAAUAAUUCUGGAUUUGUAUUGAAACAUCCAAAGAUUACAGUUGAACUACUGAAAGAGGUUGUUGAUGACUACAUUAAAAUGAAUCUAUUUCCUAAAACAUUGCUAGACUAAACGUGUUGAAAGUUACCAUUUCAUUAAGCACAAUUUAUUGUAAACUUAAUUCUGUGAUAUGUUAUUAGUUAUUACCAUUAUUUAAUAUUUAUUUACAUUGAUUACAUACAAAUUUAUGAAACAAUUAUUAAUGUUCAUCAAAUGAGCUUUUUUAUUAUAUAAUUGAGUUACUUAUACUUAUCUUUUGGGUAUUAGAUAUUUGUUUUCAAUUAUAUACAUACAUUUAUGCUGUGUUAAGUGGGCCAAAGAUUAAAAAAUAAAUAAAUUGAAUUUGCAAGUACAUUA